AUGGAAUUAAAUCAUGAAACUACUCGACCGGUUAGUACUGUACUUCUUUACGGUAUCCCAAUAGUAUCACUUUAUAUUGAGGAUCAGGAGCGUUUAUGUUUGGCACAGAUCUCCAACACUCUGCUCAAACAGUACAGUUAUAAUGAGAUUCAUAACCGUCGUGUGGCACUGGGAAUUACCUGUGUUCAAUGCACUCCAGUACAGUUGGAAAUUUUGCGACGUGCAGGCGCGAUGCCAGUCAGUUCACGUCGUUGCGGCAUGAUAACGCGUCGUGAGGCCGAACGGUUGUGCAAAAGUUUUCUUGGAGAUAAUGCACCUCCUAGAUUGCCGGAAGAUUUCGCCUUUACUGUGUAUCAUAAGUGUGCUUGGGGUUGUCGCGGCUCCUUUUUGCCAUCGCGUUACAACUCUUCCCGUGCUAAGUGUAUAAAGUGCAGUUAUUGUGGCAUGUUCUUUUCUCCCAAUAAGUUUAUUUUUCAUUCACAUCGAACUAGUCCUGCCGAUAAAUAUAUACAGCCUGACGCAGCAAACUUUAAUUCUUGGCGUCGGCAUAUGAUUCUUAGUGGUCAAGCACCGGAGGAGAUAGUACACGCAUGGGAAGACGUGAAAGCGAUGUUUAAUGGUGGCACGCGCAAACGACUUAUGAGCCAUGGCUCUUCAACAAUACAAACUUCUGCAGCGGCCCAAAGGCAGCAACAACAAGAUCAAUUACAACACAAUACAGCUGUUUCUAACGAAAGUGGCAACAGCACAACUGUCGUAGCUGGAGCAAGAACUUCCACCAGUCAUCAAAAUUACCCUACCCCACGCGGUAGCAGCAGCAACCUGAAAUUUAGCAAUUCAUCACCACCGCCGAUGAAACGACAAUGUGAUCAGCAUGAACAUAAUGUUGGAGCGGUCGCAGCAGCAGCAGCCGCUGUAGUAGGAGUUACAGCAGUUGCAACAGCAGUAGGUGCCGUACGACCACUAAAUAUUGAUGCAGCAAAUCAUUGUGUUUCAUAUAAUGGACGGACAGGUAGCGUAUCUACAUUGCAGCUAAGUGACACCAAUGAACAUGAACUGUCAGUUAUGCCGAUCUCACGUAAUUUUAUGAUGGAUUACAUGUGGCAUGCACAUGCUGCUCAAAACACCGCGGCCGCGGCAACUCACAAAAACCGAAGUAACAAUAGUAAUACUGCAGCGUCCUUCAGAUUACCCGAUUGCGCAAUGCAUUGGCUGAAGACACCGUCUAUAAACAAUAAUGCAACGUUUUUCACUCAACUGCCUUUGGCAGGAACCAUUGGAACUGGUGGUGGUCGAAAUAAUGAUAACAACGACUUUUGCCAUCAAAUGCAAUACGAUUCUUUCAAGAAGAACACGAGCUCAAUUUCAAACAACGGUACACUCCUGAAUAACAGUCAAGAGUUAAGAGGCUUAAGUAAGUUUGUGGGCGCGAAAGUAGCUAGCCUGCCUCAAUUUCUCACGGCGUCGGCAUUCAAGCCAGUCUUGCAGCAGAGUCAGCAAAAUGCCUUCACUGCUAUGGCUGCUGUUGCGGCAGCUUCCGCCACGGCAACUUUAACCACCUCAUCAGUUUAUCCAAGCACUGUGACCGUAUCUGCAAACACAUCGCCGGAGACAACUCAAGCAAAAAUUACUUCGUGCGGGUUAGCAACACUGGAAAUGGCGCUUCCAACAAUUGCUUUUCCUACACCUGGCACGAUUAGUACAAUGAACUCCGCAGAGGUAGCUGCGGGCGAUGUUGCGGCUGAGACUGCUUCUAACGCAGCUAAAUCAAAUGCGUUGCCUGUGCAUGCAAACUUGUGUGCCACAGUAUCAAAUGGCUUACUCUUUGGUAGACAAUCAGAGGGACCACAAUUGCCAUCAUCACUGUCAACACUGCCAAGUUCGCCCGAUGCGUCGUACAGAGCCAUACUACCAGCACCAGUGUCCUCAGAAUUAGCUUUAAAAAGUUGCAAUAAUGAUGGUGUUUUCAUAAAAGGUUCGUACUCAACGGAUAACAAAGAGAAUAACGAUUCAUGCGACGUUGAAGACGAUGAGAUGGUAGAUAUUGAGACUACAGAGGAUGAUACACCUGCUAGCAAAAAUUUAAAAGUAGCCCUUUGCUUAACACCAUGUCAUCAUCAGCCUGAUGAUACUACAAAUCCAACCGAUUUUUACAUUAACAACGAAAAGAGGUUUACUGAAACCGUUACAAAUACAUUCCCUGAUGAAGUAGAUGCGGGAGCGGCAACAACAAUAUUUAUAAACAGAUCAGGUAUGCCAUUACCCAAAGAGAGCUAUAGAAAUGACAGGCAACUUAAAUCACCGCUACAAUAUUCCCAAAACAAAUCAGUGCUAACCAAUAUUGAUGUUGAGUUCACCGGUGGUGAUACCGUCGUUCAGAAAGUGCGGUCAUAUACACAAUAUAAACAUGACAACAAUUACCCACCAGAAACUUGUGUACGGUUGCAACAGUCUCCAACUUAUAGCAGUACAUCUAAUGACAGUCUCUAUAUGGAAGGAAAAUACGAAAGCAACAAUAACUCUUCUUAUAUUGAACAUAUGGGCGCCAGCUGCAUAACCCAGAUAGUUCAGCAGCACAAUACAUUUAGUUUGGGAUCGUCAUUGAUGUGGAAGAAGCUUUUGGAAUCAGAGGUAAGGGUGGCAUAA